AUGGCCGGAUCGAACGUUCCUGACUGCGAAGUGUAUGCCGCACGGUUGUCCGACAGCAAGCUAGAUUACAAACUAAAAUAUCAGAUAGCAACGGAGCUAAGAGAUUCCGUGGAAAUAUUUCAAAGUGCUGAUUAUGCGAGAUUUUUGCAAGUUUUGAUGCCAGUUUUCUACAAGAUUCUAAAUGAAGGCCAACCGGUGUUUAAUAAUAAUGACCCACAACAGAAACUACGGAACGUUAUACUAGAGAUUCUUCACAGAUUGCAACAGCCAGACUCUCUGCAAGCUCGGGAACUACUUCAAACAGUAAUGAAGUUAUUACGAAUAGAAAAUGAAGAUAACGCUGUUAUAUGCUUGAAGAUCAUUAUUGAUUUGCACAGAAACUACAAGAAUAUGCUUGAGGAGCAAGUGCCGCCUUUCCUAGAUAUUGUCAUGGAUAUGUACAGGAACAUGGAGCAGACAGUACGGGAUUCGUUUGAUGUAGCAUCCACACCAAGUGGGAGUACCCCAAGCCAUGCAUCAAUAAUGCCGUUUCCGGGUUCGCCCCGUCCAAGUUCUCCCGUAUCAGACACAUCAGAAAUGACGCCUAGCAAAACUCUUGCCAAAAGCUUACAUAGCUUCAAAGUACUCGCAGAAUGUCCGAUAAUGGUGGUACUGCUCUUUCAACCUCACAGACAGGGAUUGAAUACGGACAUACAACAGUUUGUUCCCUUAAUAAUUAAGACAUUGAAGUUGCAAGCCCGUCCUCAGGCAGAAGCUCAAGAAGCGGCGAGGGCGAGGAAUGAGAUCUUUGUUGGAGUUGCUCCAGGUAUAAGGGAUCGAGUCAAAUACACGGAAUUUAUUGUUGCUCAAGUUAAGACGCUGUCUUUUCUGGCAUACAUUUUGCGUGGAUGUGAACGUGAAUUGGAGCAAUAUAGCGAUGACAUUCCCGAAUUUGUAAUACGGCUGUUACAAAAUUGUCCGCCAGAAGCGUCAGGAACAAGAAAGGAGUUGCUGGUGGCGACACGUCACAUUCUCUCAACAGCAUUCAGAGGUAGUUUCCUGAGUAAAGUUGAUAUUCUGCUGAAUGAAAAAGUAUUGAUAGGUACUGGCGUCACGUCUAGCGAAACGUUAAGACCAUUAGCAUACAGUAUGUUAGCAGAUGUAGUACAUCAUGUCCGUCAAGAAUUGACUCCUGCACAAUUAGCGCGGACUGUUCACAUAUAUUCGCGUAACUUACACGACCCGACAUUAGCCACAACUAUUCAAACCAUGUGCACAAUACUUCUCUUUAAUGUCAUUGAAUGUAUUGUUAACAUUCCAGACAAGAAUGAAGCGCGUGAUUUGCUCACGCGUAUACUAGAUACUCUCGCCAACAAAUUUGAGACGCUGAACCAUACUUUAGUUGAUAUGCGUAAAGUACAGCAGAGAAAGAAAUUAAGUGGAAUUGCAAAACCCCCAGUAGAUGAUUUCGACUUUGAUGCCGCUCGGCCUAUAAACACACAUCCCACGACUCCUGCUUUAUUAGCACUAUCCGGGGAAUCUUUGCAUGAAACCGUAAAUGAAAAAUGGGUUUUAAUCAGACAUCUUGUAAAGAUGGUGAGAAUUGUACCUAAUCUUAAAAAUUGCAAUCCACAGCCGCAACAGCAAUCACAGCAGUCUCAGACACAAUCGAGUAAUGGUCAACCAUCCAAUACAGUCACACGUGGAUUCUCACAGGAAGAAGUCGAUAUUCUUAUAAAACUAUUCCGAGAAGGCAUAAAAUCGUUCGAGUAUUCCACUAUGGACAUUAAUUUUCCCGAGUUAUUUCAACAAUUAGACAGAAUUCAGCUAUUAGAGCAAUCAGUUAGAAUGCCGCACUUCACAAGAGCCAAAGAAGCCAUUGAGAUUUUCGCUAGCCUUUUUAUUUCAAUUGAUUCGGCUGUUUUUCAGGAAAUCAUAUCAUCACAACUGGAGUUUUUCUAUGAUGCUAUGAUACAGAAUCCAGCACUUCUUCAAAUUCCGCAAUAUUUUCUUGCUCAGGGAGAUACUGUUGAGCACUUUGCUGGACUCUUGCUUCGAUUCCUCGUAGAUAGGAUGGAUGAGUUGGGAGAAUCAGACCCCGUGCGUGCUCAUGUCAUGCUACGGUUAUUUAGAGCCGUGUUCUUUGCUGGAAAUGCAUAUCCAGACGCUCUCGAACGAGUACUCCAUCCUCAUCUCGCCAACAUUAUUAUUACAUGCAUGAAGCUCUCAGCUAGUGCCAAGGAACCGAUCAAUUAUUUUAUUCUACUCAAGUCACUGUUCAGAGGUAUCGGCGGGGGCAAAUACGAAAUGCUUUACAAGGAGGUGCUUCCACUCCUACAGAUGGUGUUGGAAGGUCUCAAUCACAAUUUAUCGCUCACACCUUCAAGAAAAAUGCGAGAUCUCUUUGUGGAGUUGUGUCUUACUGUACCUGUUCGAUUGAGUGUCUUGUUACCUUACCUUGGAUAUUUGAUGCGGCCAUUAGUAUUCGCUCUCCAAUCACAUCAGGAUUUGGUCACGCAAGGCCUUCGAAUACUUGAGCUUUGUAUAGACAAUGUAACACCUUCAUUAUUAGAUCCUAUUAUGGCACCAUUUAUGAACGAUUUAAUGAAGGCUUUGUGGACUCGUCUCAAACCAACGCAACAGAAUAAGUUACAUAGUAUUACGACUACUCGUAUUCUUGGUAAAUUAGGAGGACGUAAUCGAAGGAUGUUUAAAGAUCCACCACAGCUUGCUAACAGGAACCCUCCAAUAAAUGGACUUGAAACGCUUAUUCAUUUUGAUCCACAUGCACCGUCAAUUACACUUCCAUUAGACGAGUGUUUGUCGCUUUCAGCGAGCACUCUACAAGAUCCAAACUCAUCGGCAUUUUAUCGAGAAGAGGCUUACAAAUUCGUAGCUGGAACAAUACCGUUGCUUCUUAAUCUGGACGGAGGACCUGAAAAUAUUGGAGAACUGAUAACAGAAUGCGUGCAAAAGCAAUUGUUGGCAGCUGAGAUUGAGACUGCAUCGGUAGACAAUACGAAUGUAGAAACAAGUACUAAUGAUAAUAAAAUGGACAUUGAUGGACAUGCUGAAUCUAGUCGCCCUCGAGAGACAUCUACAUCUGAGAGGUCAAUAUCAGAGGGUCACAGACUAGCAUUAAAAAGACGAGUUGUACAAGAGGAGACCCUGCGAAAAGUUAUUUGUGCCUUAUUUACCGCGGCAGCGAUACCUGAGCUGAAGGAUAGAGCGUGGCCGUUUUUGGAAAAUCUUAUUCGACACUUUGCAAUGCUAGAAAUAGGUGAUGCAAUAGACUACAGGCGCGCGCGAGAAAGAAAAGCUAGCCAAAUUAACCUUGAGCAAAAGACCAAGAGUUAUAAUCUCGAGUCAAAAGUAAUUGUUGAGGCGUUGGUUGACGUGAUGUCUUCAGAAGACAAACGACUACAAGACUUGGCUGCUUCAGCACUGAAAUUAAUGUACGAGACUUGCUUGCUGAUUGUAGGAUCAAGGGAAGCUAUACGCUCUUUUCCCUUAUUUCAUCUUCUUGCCUCUAGGUUCAGUUCUGGUUGUUACAGGCAGGAAUCUUUCCGAAAGAGGGGAGGCUGUCAUGGAGUCUACAUUUUGAGCUCUGAAGUUAAUAUUGGAACUCGCUGGAUGUUGGAUCACGAACUGGAAUUCGUUAAAUCUUUGAUUUUUAUUCUUAAAGAUGUCUCUCCGGAUUUUGCUACUAGUAAUGUCGAGGAGGCUAAUAGAGCAUUGUUGAAAGUUUUGGAAGUGUGUCAUCGCCCAGAGAAUACCGUUGACAUUGAUCCGGAAGAACGGAAGCAAAAACUACAAAAACUUACCGUCACGCUAAUACCUGAAUUAUCUAAUGCAACCGCAGCUGUAAGGGAAGGUAUGCAGUCAGCAUUAAAAAAACUGGCGGAGAUGAUGAAUACAGACGUUACAGAAUUGUUGAAACCAGUUAAGGAUCAUCUAUUAAAGUCCAUAUUUCAGAAACCACUACGCGCUUUACCUCUUCAAAUGCAAAUUGGUAUUCUUGAUUGCGUCACUUACUGCCUAACGCUGCGACCGCCAUUGCUAGAAUUUACCGAGGAUCUUAAUACUUUGCUCAACGAAGUUUUACAUCUAGCGGACACUGAAGAACAACCUCUCCAAGGUCGGACCCCGCCAUUUAAGAAUGUAACUUCUCUCAAUAACUUGCGUAUUGUUUGCAUUAAAUUACUCUCGGCUGUAAUGCAAUGUGCUGAACUGGUUUUACCUCCACAACCGAACACGCGAGCGCGUAUCAUUGGUGUAUUCUUCAAAUCGCUAUAUUCCAAGUAUCCUGAAAUAGUUGAAGUCGCAAAUAAAGGCUUGCAACAAGUAAUACAACAACAACAUAAGUUACCGAAGGAACUUUUACAGGCUGGAUUGCGACCUAUUCUAGUAAAUCUUUCCGAUCACAAGAAGUUGACAGUUGCUGGACUGGAGGGUUUAGCACGUCUAUUAGAAUUACUCAAAAACUAUUUUAAAGUAGAAAUCGGAAAGAAAUUACUUGAUCAUCUACGUUUGUGGGCAGAGCCGAGAACACUUCAAGAAGCUGCAACAAAGCCUCUCACCGAAAGUGAGCCUAUAAAGAUUAUUGUGGCUAUUCUUAAUGUCUUCCAUCUUCUACCACCAGCGGCCAAUGUAUUUCUGGACGAGCUUGUUACUAUAGUUCUUGAUCUGGAGGAACAAUUGCGUCGGUCUUCUUCCAGUCCAUUUAGAGAGCCGUUAAUUAAAUUUUUAAACAGAUAUUCAACAGAGGCAACGGAUUAUUUCUAUGAUAGAUUGAGUAACGAGAAACAUAGUCGACUUUUUUUAAACUUGAUCGGAGCACCUAAUGCAGAGAAACUUCGCGAGGAGAUUAUGGUAAAUCAGGCGAAAUUAAAAGAAAAGACAUUAGAUCCAGAAGUUAAAGAUCCGGAUGAAGCAAAGUUGCAACUCAUUCUCAUUGUAAGAAAAAUUGCAGAGUUCCAUCCAGAGUGGCUUGCGGAGGAGCAAACUAAACCUAUUAUUGAGGGUUUAAAAUCGUAUUGGAAGAGUAAUGAACGGUUCGAGAAGGCAAAGCUGGAGAUAUCGCUUCGUUUACCCAAGAUUAGAGAAGCACGUUUUCUGGUCGAGAUAUUCGUCAUCUAUCUGAAACAGAACUCAGAUGACAUUGAUUUACUUUUCGACUUAACGACAGCAUUCUGCCAUGAGAGUCUCGUUGACUACACUUUUCUGAAGAAGUUUUUCCAUGAAGUCGCUCUAACUUAUGAUCCGACUAAAAAAAGAGACAUUCUAGAUAAAUUUCUGGAUGUUAUCGAGGAUCAGUUCAUUCCUCAGAUAACAAAAACCCAGGCGGCGCGUAUGAUUGCCAACCCAAUACUAAUGGUUGCCUUUGCACGCGGCGCUCUGGAAUACGAACAUAUACUAGCCGGACCAGUUAUUGAAAGGCUCCAUCGAUCCAUAUGGGGGCCUAGAGCCAACGAUUCGCAAAUGGAAGAUACGCUACGAAUUGAAUUGCUUCAAUUAUCAACGCUUCUUGUGCAAAAUGCAUCACAUCUCCUUGAAAACGUGAAAAAAGAUCUCUUCAAAUUUGGAUGGAAUCAAGUGAAGGUGGACGACAUUACUGCGAAAUACUCUGCAUACGUUCUUAUUGCAAGAUUCAUAGCUGCGUACGAGACCCCUUUGAAAUUUCCUAAACAAGCAUAUCAAGCAUUAUUACGAGCAUCUCAACUUGAAGCUAGGGGUUUAGUAAGGCAGGCUUUGGAUAUCAUUACUCCUGUUCUUCCGUUGCGCAUUGAUCAUAGUGACAGUUCACGCAGUAGUUCUCGUCGUAAGUUCCCAACAUGGGCAGCAUUAACCAAAAAAGUGCUUAUGGAAGAUGGAUAUAGCGUAUCGCAGUUGGUCAACGUCUACCAACUGCUCGUUCGACAUCCCGAUUUGUUUUAUGACAGCAGAGAGCACUUUAUGCCUCAGAUUGUUGGAACUUUGACUCGUCUGGGACUUUUAGCGAAUGCAACUCCUGAAACUAAAUUAUUAACCAUAGAUCUGUCUGAUUUGAUACUCAAAUGGGAGCGUAAACGAAUAUCAGAGCAUCGAAAGCACGACAUCAGUGCAACUUCAACGCCAAUUGCUUCUAUUGGUAGUCCGGAGAAACGCCGAUUAGAGUUCGAUUUGGAAUCACCACGGAAGAGACAACAAGUGGAAAUUGGAGGAGACAUAAGAGCAUUAUCUGUUGAUACAAAUAUUGAAUACACAUUGAGUGGUAAUUUGCGCGAGAGUGUUGUUUGUUACCUUGUGCGAUUUGUGUGCCUGGCAAACGAGCCGACGAAUAGUAAGUCGGCAUUAUCUAAGAGAGCGCUCGAACUUGUAAAGGAAUUCCUGCAACCGGAAUAUUGGCCAGAAGUGAACAUCAAAUUGGAUUAUUUUGAAAGGACAUUGAUGCUUCCGGAAAUAGUGAAUGAAGCUGCUUAUUGCAACGCAUUGGAGGUGCUGAAUGUAAUACUGGAACGAAAGACAUCUGACUGGAUUAUAACGAAUAUUGGUCAACUUCAUAAAUUGCUAGAAAAAUCUAUAACUAGUGAUAAGGCAAAGGUACAAAAAAGCCUUUACCCAGUGUUAGCGCAUGUCUACAAAGCAUUACCAGAUGUAGAUGAAUCGGCAACAGUAGACAGUGAAAUCGAAGCAUUUACAACUUUAGUUGAAAAAACAAUUCAAGAUGCGCUCAACUAUUCUGGAUCAAGUGUAUUUACAGCUUUAAUGCUUGUUAAAGCUGUCGGUAGUAAACAUUUAACGAAUAUCGAUAAUUUCUUGCCAAACCUCAUCCAAGUAGUUCAGAAGUUUGCCAAAGAACAUAUCCACGGCACAGCUCCUCAGUCAAAAGAAGUGACGCAUGUUGAAAUAUUGACAAUGGCAUUGCAAAUAGUCAAUUCGCGAAUACCUUCGCUAUCUCUCGAACAACGGGCUAACUUUGUGCAAGUACUUUGUCAAUUGAUUGAUAAAAUUAAGGAUAACGUAUUAGCUCGAGCCAUAUUUGAGAUGGCGAAGCAAUGGAUUAUUAAAAAAACGGAUACUUUACCUACCAUGAAAGAGAAAGCUAAGAUUUUAAUGAAGAUGAUGUCUUUUGAGUCUUUAGAAGAUAAGACAUUAUUGGAAGAAUACUUAGAUCUUGUAAUAUCCAUCUAUAGUGAUCCAUUGUUUUUCAGAACUGAUCUCACGAAAAAGCUUGAGCAAGCAUUCUUGAUGGGUACUCGCAGUAACAAGCCUGCCAUUCGUAAUCGAUUUAUGGAUAUAUUUGAUAACAGCAUGGAAAGGAAUUUGUAUACCCGUCUGAAUUAUAUAGUCAGCGUUCAAAAUUGGGAAUCUCUUGGUGCUCAUUUUUGGCUUCAUCAAGCAUUAGAUCUUCUUCUUGGUGCUGCCAUAUCAGAGACUAAAAUUAGACCACCUGCCACUGGAUUACAAACUAAACCUAUCACCACAAUAUAUUCUAAUCUCAUCUCCGCUGAGUUAUCAACUGUUGUAGAUUCUAAAGUCACGGAACUGUUUCAUAGUCAUCUUGAGUUUAUACAUAAAUUGGCUAAUAUAGAAGCAAGAGAUCUCAUUAGACCGAUAACACAACUUCACCAUUUGGAUAGCCAACUCGCUUGUCAAUUAUGGAUUGACCUGUUCCCGUCGUGUACGGGAAUUAUAACUCACAAGGAUAGACAAGAUUUGACAAAGAAUAUGAUAUCUCUGCUUUCUAAAGAGUAUCAUAUAAAGCAGGCCGAUAUGCGUCCUAACUGUGUUCAAGCACUGUUGGAUGGUGUAUCUCGGUGCGUGCCACCUAUGAAGUUACCACCUCAUUUAAUCAAAUAUAUUGGGAGGACUUUUUGCGCAUGGCAUACAGCGUUAGAGCUUUUACAACAGCAUACAAACGCUCCCCAUCGAGACGAGGACAAAUUCAAGGAUGGUACAUUAGAUGCAUUGGCCGAUUUAUAUGCCACAUUAUCCGAAGAUGACAUGUACGCUGGUUUAUGGCGCCAGAGGUCUUUACAUGCAGAGACGAGCGCGGCUAUCUCAUAUGAGCAAUGUGGGAUGUGGUUAGAAGCACAACUGGCAUAUGGACUUGCUCAGAAUAAAAGUCGAUCUGGUGGGUCGCAACUUACUGAACCCGAGUAUCUUCUAUGGGAAGAGCAUUGGCUAUCAUGUGCUGAGAGAUUACAACAGUGGGACAUUCUUUUAGAUUAUGCGAAGAAUGAGAACAACGCGGAUCUAAUACUUGAAUGCGAAUGGCGUCUACAUGACUGGAUGGAUGAAGUAAAGUUUAUUGAACAUACAAUACAACAAAUAUCUCAUGAGCCUACUCCUAGAGGGAAAGUUUUUGAAUCCUUCCUAGCAUUCGUGAAUGCUCAACAGGAUAAGAAUACAGAUGUGUUUAAGAAGGCAUGUGAUGAGAUGCUUCAGCUGACCUUACGCAAGUGGCAUUCACUCCCUGGAAUCAUAUCACAAAGUCACAUUCCUUUGUUACAAAUAUUCCAACAGUAUAUUGAACUGGAAGAUGCGAAUAAGCUACUCACGACUCUGAAUAAUCUGAGUAGUUCGAAUGCAGAAGCUAAGGCAUUUGAGAUGAAAUCAGUGUUUCAAGGCUGGAGAGAAAGGUUACCUAAUGUAUGGGAGGAUAUUAACAUUUGGAGCGAUUUAGUGGCAUGGCGCAAACACAUAUUCAGAAUGGUUAAUCGUGCUUAUCAACCAUAUCAACAAUCCACAGGCAACUCGACAUCUAAUAAUAAUUUCGCAUUCAGAGGCCAUCAUGAAACUGCUUGGAUAAUCAAUAGAUUCGCACACGUUGCUAGAAAGCAUGCACUUUCUGAAGUUUGCGUAAGCUUUUUACAGCAAAUUUACUCUUUACCUAAUAUCGAAAUACAAGAAGCGUUUUUAAAACUAAGAGAGCAAACAAAAUGCCAUUAUCACAAUACAAAUGAACUUCCCCUUGCACUCGAUGUGAUAAACAAUACAAAUCUCAAUUAUUUUGGUCAUCAGCAGAAGGCCGAAUUUCACACUUUGAAAGGAAUGAUACUUGCUAAAAUGAAUAAAGACCAGGAAGCAAACUCGAGCUUUGCAACAGCAGUUCAGGUUGAUUUCCGUCUGUCUAAGGCAUGGGCAGCGUGGGGACAUCACAACGAUAGAAAAUAUCAACAAGAACCGAACGAUAUAUCUCAUGCAACCAAUGCACUGAGUUGUUACUUGCAAGCUGCUGGGUUGUAUAACAACCACAAGUCAAGGAAAUUAUUACUUCGUAUACUGUGGCUAUUAGCUACUGACGAUACUCAAGGAACAUUAGCAACAGUAUUUGAAUCCUAUGUUAGUAAGGGAGACGUACCAACAUGGUAUUGGAUUACAUUCAUACCACAGUUGAUCGUUUGUCUACAGCACAAAGAAGCACGUCAAGCACGCUAUAUACUAACGAAAAUAGCCAAACAAUAUCCUCAAGCUCUCUAUUUUCACUUAAGAGCGUGCAGAGAAGAACACGCAAAUAAAUUGCAAAAUCAUUCAGCUCAACGUUCUGCUCAAUCCACGGCAUCCACGUCCGCUUCCACAUCUGUUCCUAAUACUCCAGCAACUCCCAACCCAACAACACCCGGACCAUCCAAUGGCAACGAUGGGAUAGUAAUACCAGCUCCAAGCACGCAGAGUAGUCCUAAUCCAAUGAGUCCACACACAGUGAAUCUCAAUCAAGCCAGUCCCGUUGCAUCACAGACACCUCAGACGCCUCAUUCAGUACCAGGGCAAACAACCUUAAAGUCAACUUAUCCUUCCUUGUCUUUAACACUUGAGAGUAUGGUUGAACAUAUCCGAGUAAGGCUGAGGUCUACUUCCGAUGAAGAUAUUUAUAGAUUAAUUGUAGCUCUGUUUAAUGAUGGCGUGCAGCAAAUUACGGGAAGAGUUAGUAAGGGAAUGGAUGAAACAGCGUUAAGUAAAGCAACAGAAGAUAAUAUCAAACGGUUUGCUAAUAGUCUUCCUCCUGGUCAUUUUCAAAAAGCGUUCCGUGAAGAAUUUAUUCAGAGUAAGCCUGAUCUUUUCCAAUACGUGGAAAGCCUUCGUAAAUUGCGAGACAGAAUUGAGACAACGCUCGAUAGUAGACAUCGUAAACAUCACCUCGAACAUUUUUCCAAUUAUCUUGCCGAACUCCAACAUCAAAAAUUCGAUGAAAUAGAUAUGCCUGGACAAUAUCUUCUCCUUCGCGAUCAUAAUAACAACGACUUUAUUCGUAUUGAGCGUGUCAUGCCUGAGGUAGAUUCAAUCAGAUCACAUGGAUGGUGCUACCGUAGACUCACAUUCCGAGGAUAUGACGGUAGCCUACAUCCGUUUGCUGUUCAGCAACCAGUGACAAAACACUGUAGACGGGAGGAGAAAAUUAUACAAUUGUUCAGAAUAUUGAACAGUGUAUUGGCAAGGAAGAAAGAAAGUAGGAGGCGGGAGUUGUUCUUCCACGUUCCGUUGAUCGUACCAUUGGCUCCUCAAUUAAGAAUAAUUGAGGACGAUGCUUCGUAUGUGUCGUUGCAAGAUGUAUAUGAGGAUUAUUGUGAUACUCAUGGUAUUAGAAAGGACGAGAUACUUUUCUAUUAUGCUAGCAGGAUGAGAAGGAAUAUACCUCAAAACAAUCAGGGUAGCGUCCAAUUAACUAACCAAGGAUUGGAAGUUGUGGAAGAUAUUGCCGCCAAGUUUAUUCCACCCGAUAUACUAUCGAAAUACCUUUCACGAUGUAUGAAAUCGCAUUCUGAUUUGUGGAUGCUGAGAAAGCAAUUCACUAAGCAAAUGGCAUCAGUUGCGUUUAUGACAUAUACGAUGGGCAUUGGACAACGACAUCCGCCUAAAUUUAUUAUCUCAACGAAUACAGGAAACAUAUGGACGACGGACUUGACACCGAACAUGGCAAAUUAUGUACUGGCUGUGACGCCAUUGAUGACAACACAUGAAACUGUGCCAUUCAGACUUACACGCAAUUUGCAAAACUUUAUGACUCCCAUUGGAGUAGAGGGCGUCUUCGCCAGCUCGCUGAUGGCUAUCGGACAAAGCCUUAUCGAUCCAGAGUUUGAUUUGAGUCAAUAUUUAAGUAUAUUUGUACGAGACGAAGUAGCAGCGUGGUUUUUCAUGAAUCAGAAGCAAUGCACCGAAGUUCAAUUAAAGCAGAAAAUUGCUACAAACGUAAACGUAAUAGUACAGAGGGCUCGUGAAUUGUCAUGUAAAGACAUUCGAGAGAAGCCUCCAAAGGAUCCGAAGGUUGUUGUUAAUCAUGGAAUUCUCGAGUUAAUUGCAAAGGCCACUAAUCCGCAGAAUCUCGCAUUGAUGGAUUUCACUUGGAUGCAAUGGCUGUAG